UUAGGGGUGUGGGACAUACUCCAUUGUUACAACUUCUCCCAUCACCUGAGUGGCACCUACUACCUUAGAGUUCAGUCUAAUGUACCCCAAAUGAUCUUAGAUAGGUGCUUCUCAACUGAAAACAUGAGUGAAUAAGGAGCAUCUGGCCUUGAGACCGCCUUCACGUACCCCGACUAAGCUAUGACAAAACUACUUGGUUAUGUGGCCACUUACAAGCAUAAGCUUAAAGAGAGGAGGGUUCAUGUGAUUGACUACUUUAGCAAGUCCCCCCAGAGAGGUCAUCUGAGCAACAAGCUUGUGACAACACCGGUGCUUCUACUUCUGCCGUUGUUCAGUCAUCAAGUGAAAUUACGAGUGAGGGCCCUCUUUUUGACGACCAAGAAGACAUGACUCGCCGAAAGCUUGACCUUAUAGCUCUUGCUUAUGGUACAGACCCUGUUCCUAAAGUGGCUACUAUGACCGUUCGGUAGGUCGAACAAAGAGUCUUGGUUCCAAAACAAUCCGUACAGACUUCCAAGGAAGUUUCUUCUCCUAUUUCACCUACUACCACCCAUACUGAAGCAUAGAGGGUUUCAAGAGAAAUAGGAGUAAAGAAAAGGAUGUUGUUGAGGGCUCUAAAGAGCAGACUUUGGCUGAGGAGUGGCUGCCGCCUUUGGAGUAUAAAAGUCGGCUUAUUACUGUAGCUGACAGUGCGACAGCUUCUCGUGAGUUGUUGUUCAAUCUGUCCAAGGCAUUACUUCUACCCCUGGACAUGGUUGAGUGUAAUGUGGAUUCUGAAUCUCUAAUCAAGGGAUCUAGUCAAAUAGUGACCAUUUUGGCCCAGCGGCUUCAUGUUCUGGAGCAGCGUCGCCUGGAGAAAAUAACAGACUUGGACCGAACUACGAAGGUGCUAGCUAACACCGACCUUACUCUAAAGUCAGCCAAAGCCGAUCAGAUAAGGGCCGAAGAUGAGGCUGCCACUACUAAGGCAUCGGCCAUUGCUAGGGAGAAGGCGUUGUUGGAGGCUAAGAAAACUGCUAUAGUGGCUCUAGCUGCCAAAAAAGAGGUUAAACAAAGAAAGGCUGAAGUGGAGGCCAAGCUGGAGGCAAUGAAGGCCAACCAAGCUAAGCUUAUUGAAGAGGCCAACCAGAAGGGUUGGGACGAAGCUAAGGCAGAUUAUGCUCAACAAGUGCUGGAGCUGAGGAAUGGCUUAUUUGCCAAGGGUUGAACGGAGGCCUUUCGUGCUUUUGGAACUGAGGAUACUUCUGCCCUCUUCAAGGACGUCCCCGUUCUAUCUAAGACUGCUAAAGCAAAGGAGACAUCAAUGGCUGAGACUUCGAAGGCCACCCUUUCUGUUUCCUUCCUUCAUCUGCCUAGCCCUAUUUCUAAAUGAGCAAGAGAAGCCUUGUGAUGAGAAUUAGUAGUCCUUUACUUCUUUUUUUUGCAUUUUGUCACUUUAUUUCUGCAAGUGUUGGAGUUCGGCUAGUUAAACAUCUUCAUUUUGUAAGACCGAGCUCCCCUUUUUUGUAAUGGACGCUUUAUAGUAAUGCAAUGCUUUGUUGAAUUUUUGUAAGUCUUGAAAUUCAAUCUUCAAUUUUGCUUGUAUGUGUUAUGCUUGCCCCCGACCGAGCAGGGGCUCUGUAGAGAAGGAGGCCACCUGUUCAGUUAGACUAGGCUUCAUGCCUUAGAAAAAUUAAAAGAAAGAACUUUUCAUGGACCCUAGCCGAGCAGAGGCUCCGUAGAGAAGGAGGCCAUCUGAUCAGGAAGGCUAGGCUUUAUGGCUUAAAAAAAUUUUGAGGAAAGAACUUUCCAUGCCCUUCGGGCGAGCAAAGGUUCCAUGGUCGAGUGGACCGUCUGAUUGGUCAGACCAGGCUUUGUGCCUUAGAAAUGUCUAGUUGGAUUAGGCCAAGCAUUUUGUUGCUCGAUCUUUACUUGAUUCGGUCAAGCUUAACUCAUCGUAGAGUGUAACUCGGCUCUUCAUUGAGCGCGAGUUGGUACCACGGACCAUGCUUUCAAGUAACAAUACUUGGCAUAAAUUCCACCAAGCUAUAUCACUUGGCGCCUGUAGACACCCCAUUUUUGACCGUCCUCAUGACUUGGACGUCACCGCUUGAACACUCGGUGAUCAUCCAUGUUCGUGUUUGUUUUGAGUUCCCGAAGGU